AUGCAGGCUCCGGUGGUGGUGAUGAACACGCAGGCCGGCGACAGACAAGUGGGCCGCAAAGCACAACUAUCAAAUAUCACAGCAGCAAAGACUGUGGCAGACAUAAUACGAUCAUGUCUUGGUCCCAAGGCCAUGUUGAAGAUGCUAUUAGAUCCUAUGGGAGGCAUUGUGCUCACAAACGAUGGUCAUGCCAUAUUACGAGAGAUUGAGGUGGCUCACCCAGCGGCCAAGAGCAUGAUAGAAUUAAGUCGGACACAAGACGAGGAGGUCGGGGAUGGUACUACAACGGUCAUAAUACUAGCUGGUGAAAUUCUUGCACAAGCUCUCCCUCAACUGGAAAGAAACAUUCACCCCGUCGUCAUAAUCGCCGCUUUCAAACGAGCCCUAGCAGACGCCCUCGACAUUGUCGAAGAAAUCUCCUUGCCCGUGAAUAUCAACGACGACAAAGCCAUGUACCAACUUAUAUCCUCCUCCAUUGGCACGAAAUUCGUGUCCCGCUGGUCAGAACUCAUGUGCAAUCUCGCACUCAAGGCUGUCCGGAUAGUGUCCCAUGAGGCUGGCGGCGGCAAAAAAGAGAUUGACAUAAAACGAUAUGCAAAAGUAGAGAAGAUACCGGGAGGCGAGAUAGAAGAUAGCAAAGUUCUCGACGGAGUCAUGCUGAAUAAAGACAUCACUCAUCCUAAGAUGCGUCGCCUCAUCAAGAAUCCUCGUGUUAUCCUCCUAGAUUGCCCUCUCGAAUACAAGAAAGGAGAGUCGCAAACGAACAUUGAGAUCAGCAAAGAAGACGACUGGAAUCGUAUCCUGCAAAUAGAAGAAGAGCAAGUAAAGAUCAUGACCGACGCCAUCCUUUCCCUCAAACCAGACCUUGUCAUCACUGAGAAAGGAGUCUCGGACCUCGCCCAGCACUUCCUAGUCAAAGCGAACGUCACCGCUCUUCGACGUGUCAGAAAGACAGACAACAACCGCAUAGCUCGUGCCACAGGGGCCACCAUCGUCAACCGUGUCGACGACCUACAUGAAUCAGACGUAGGCACACAAUGCGGGCUCUUCGAGAUUGAGAAGAUCGGCGACGAGUACUUCACCUUCCUCACAAAAUGCAAGGUCCCUAAAGCUUGCACAAUUCUCCUACGUGGCCCCUCAAAAGACAUUCUCAACGAAAUCGAGCGAAAUCUCCAAGACGCUAUGUCCGUCGCCCGCAACGUGAUGUUCCACCCACGACUGUCUCCAGGAGGUGGUGCCACAGAGAUGGCUGUCUCGGUGCGAUUAGCGCAGAUGGCGAAGGCGGUGGAGGGCGUGCAGCAGUGGCCGUACAAGGCUGUCGCCGAGGCUAUGGAGGUCAUCCCAAGGACACUGAUACAGAACAGUGGGAGCAGUCCUGUGAGGGUGCUGACAAAACUAAGGGCGAAGCAUGCGGAGGGUGGGAGUACGUGGGGUAUUGAUGGGGACAAGGGAAGUUUGGUUGAUAUGAGGGAGUAUGGAGUGUGGGAGCCGGAGGCGGUCAAGGUGCAGAGUAUUAAGACUGCUGUUGAGUCAGCUUGUCUACUCCUGAGAGUCGAUGAUAUUUGCAGUGCAAAAUCUGCAAAGCAAGCAGGAGGCAAUAUGGGAGGAGGUGGUGAUGAUUAG